GCCCUGCACAUUCACUGACCUGCAGGAGCCUGUCCUCCCUCACCAAGGCAGACUCAUCUCCUCCCUGUGGACAAGGACAGAGGAGACUGGGAGAGGCUGGCCAUGAGCCCCCGGCCCUCCACCCUCCUGGGCCUCGUGCUCUGCCUGGUCCAGACGAUCCACAUGCAGCCGAGGCUCCUGCCCAAACCCGUCCUCUGGGCCGAGCCAGGCCCUGUGGUCCCCCGGGGACAGCCUGUGACUUUCGUGUGCAGUUUCCCAGUUUGGGCUGAGUUCUCCCGCCUGGAGAAGGAUGGAAAACAUUUUCAGGGUCAGAAAAUUUUGUCUCAAGAUGGUUCGCUGGCGACAGAGUACAGAUUCCACUUCCCCGCGGUGAGUGAAGACAUGGCUGGGAGUUACCGCUGCCGCUAUCACGAUGUGCUUGAGAGGUGGUCUGAGCGCAGUGAGCCCCUGCAGCUGCAGGUGACAGAGCAGGACAACUCCACUCUGCCCUCAGGUGGGUCCCCGGGCCCUGCACCCUGUCCCAGCCCUGUCUCUGUCCUUGGGCUCCCUGCCCUCCUGCUCACCCCAAGCCCUGGGCUCCCCUCCCUCUGCACAUAUGGCCCUCGGCCUUCACCCCUGGCUCAGGGCCCUGGAAUGUGGUCCCAUCUGGACACCACGGUGGCCUAG